AUGUUCAGGUCACGCCCAAGUUUAUCCGCAAAAAGUGCAAUCUUUGCUAUAGCAUCUGUCCAUGCAACUGCUGAUGGAACAAAAUCUCCACUUCAAGCACCUGCAGAUAUUAAGUACCAGGAAAAAGAAGUAAUAUUUACUGAAGUAGAUGUUCACCAGACAGAUGAACCCCAAAACAGUUCUCAUUUGAGUGACCAAAGCAAUGUUAAACCAGUUGGUCAAAAAAUUGAUCAGCAAACAAAUCCUGAACAUGGACAAACUUCCAACCUUUUGGUGUCCCCUCACAAAAAAGUUAAUGUACCUCAAAAUCCAGAUUCACGAGAAUCUACUCCAGGUGCUGCUACAGAAAUUGUUGAUUCAGACCUCAGUGAUGGGGACUAUGGUGGGCACACAGCAAGGAGGGGCACCCUGACACAAGAGGACUUUGACAAAAGGGAUGGGGAUAGCAAGCAUGUAACCAAUAAAGAAAUUUUAAGAGAUAUGAAGCAUAAGAAUUUAUCUCAAACAGAAGAAAAUGAUGCAGAACUUAAACGACAGGGUAAUUGUUAUGAAGAUAUGCAUAAUGUGACCAGGCAGCUCUUUAAUAAAGGGGUGUUUGUGAAGAAUGUGAUACCAGGGGGUGCUGCUGAGCGGGCCUCAGGAAGUGAGAAAGGUUUAUGCCCAGGAGAUGAAAUUUUACAAGUGAACGGACGAUCUUUGAGAAACAUGACUCAUUCUGAAGCCAUUACAUACUUUCAAGAAAUUCCAUUGCGUGUUAUGCUGACAAUAAAACGUGGGGUAGAAAAACAAUUCAUCUCUAGUGAAUCCGAUGACAUCUUAAAACCAGGCGAUUCUGGGAGUGAAUUCACAGAGAGUGACACAGAAUCUGUUGAUGCUCUCAGGAUUGGCCACCGAGAUUCUGACCUGUCAUCUAUUCAGUCCAUGGAAGAGAAUCAGUUCUAUGAUUCUGAUGAUGGAGCAGUUGAGGAAGGUUUGAAAAUUCCCAAAGGCUAUGUUCUACUCAGUAUCAAUGUCUACAGGGGGCCCAAAGACUGUCUAGGUAUUAGUAUUGUACCAAGUUAUGGAUCCACCAGAGAAUACUGUCAGGUUAAAAGGGUCCUGCCUAGUGGUGUGUGUGCAGAGAAAGGUGAACUGAGAGAGGGGGAUAGGCUGGUGUCAUGCAACAGCAUAUCACUGAAAGGACUCACACAGUCAGAAUGCAUGGAGGCUCUCAAUGAUGCUUAUGGUGAAGUCACCCUGAAAGUAUUAAGGCAAGUCAAUCUCGGUCCUUCAAUGGACAUCAAUGUCACAAUGACAACAAAAAACCCAGAUACUUCAGAAAACGCAGGUGCAGAAUCACAUAAGAACUUGGAGGUGGUAGGAGCAGAAGACAGGUCCAUAGAUGCCUUGCAAUUGGAAGACUUGUCACCAGCCAUGCAGGAUCAGCCACACCACAGUGUUGUCUUUGCUCAAACAAAGGUAAAGCUAUCAUUGUUGAAGGACAACUUUGGGAAUGGAGAAAAUGUGGAAGACGUCUCCACAGAUUCGUCAAAAUGUGAUCUACAUGAUGACAGCCAGUUAAAGGUCCAGUCUACAAGUUGGAAAAAAGGGGCAGGUAGGGAAAGUAUUCAAGGUACAAAAAUGCUGUCAAGUGUUAUUUACACCAGCCGUGAUUCAGACAGUGAUGAGGAAGUCAGAGAAGUGUUUGUAGCUCCUAUCUUCAUUACACCUUUUGGUGCAGCUGUGAAAGCAAAGCAAGGUGAAGACUGCCAAACUCCAUUGCAAAAAGAUUCUUAUACAUGUGUCACAUCUGAACAGAAUCAGGUCCCAGAUGGAGAGAAAGGUGUCUUGGCAACAAAUAUUGAUGACAUUUUGGACAUCAGCUCAGAGGAUGAAUCUCAGACUGAAUGCAUGCAUUUAGGUAAGGAAGAAGAUGACGAGGAAUCACAAGAUAAAACUUUGGUCAAAGAUGCUAAGGAUUAUGAUAAAAAUGAUCUCCCACAAAGUAACACCUAUUAUGAUGAUUUUGAUAAAGAGCAAAGUAAAGAAACAAUAGAAGACAUUACAAAACUUGCUAAUGCAGAAGAAGAAGAUGUAUUUGAUACAAUAGGUUCUCCUGUUCCUGGAACACUAACCCCAAUAUCUAACUUUCAUCACAAACUCAUCAGCCCUUUUGAGAGGCUUGAAAAGGAGUUUGAUCUUGAAAAUCUCACUCCAUCAUCCCACCACUCAGAGCAGGAAAGUCUAAAACCUGAGAGUGAAGUCAUUAUUACAAAUACUGUAUCACAAAAAAGAGAUCCUGCUAGUGAAAAGGGGUUUCACAAGGGACAAGUAUUCAAAACUAUGGAAGAAUUCUCAGAUGACAGUAGUAGUUUGUAUGAUCACUUACUGGAAAUGGAGCAGAUGGACACUGAAGAAAGUGAAGUCGAUGGACUUACGGAUAUUGGGGACAGAGUCAUUGAAAUGUCGGAUGACUUCUCUCUUGAAUCUCUCCCUCGUCACAGUCUUCCCCAUUUUGAAGUAAGUGAGCCACUGACACUUAGUGAAGUCACAGAGGAAGAUGAAACUGAAGAGUUGUCAAACUAUGAUGAGUUUGAUUCAAGACAUACUGCUGACAAACAGGGUGCUGGUUUGAAAGGAACAAACUGUUCAAUGGCAAGUGAUAUAGCUUCCCCAGAGGAAGUAACUGCAACAUCUGAGAGCAAUAAACAAAAAUCGUCCCCAAACAGCAAGAAAAGCAUAUUAGAACUAAUAAAAGAACUUAAGCAACAGGAUUAUAACGAAGACCAAAUACCUGUGGUAAUAAAUACUGACCAACCAACCCAAAAAGUGUCUACUGCCAUGAUUAGCAACAUGACUGACUUGAAUAAUUCUACCUUUCUCCCUGAAAGUGCCACGGAAAUAACUGCUGGAUCUAAUAGUGACAGUGACUCAGAAGACUAUAUCCCGCCACUUCCCAGUUCAGGUCCUCCUCCUGUUGAAUUUAUUGUAAAUCCAAAAGAACAAGAUCCACAAGUCUUGGAAAUGAUCUUCCCUCCCCCAGAUUCUUUUAAUGAAAAACCAGAGAGUGCAUUGCAUGAUGCAAAUGAACUAUUAACUGGCCCAGAUAAUACAUUUAAUAUAAUUAAUGCUAGUGAUGAUAUAACAUGCCAAAAUUGGAAUGUUGAAAAUGAAGCAAGCAAAUUUCGAUUUCCUCUUUUGACAGAAAUGUCUGUUGAGUCGCAAGAAGAAACCAUUGAAUUUUUUCAUGAAGGGAUGGAAAACAAAUUUACAGAAGGUGACAUCUUGGAUUUUGACUCCGAAACUGAAAAUCAGGACAAAACUGAAUCUCAUGACUACUCCAAGCAAUGGGAAACCCUCUUACAAAAACAACAAGUGACAAACACAGAGCAACAAGAUCAAACUGGGCCACAAUUUAACUAUGACUUAGACUUUGAUUCCAAACUUUUCCACCCAGCCUCAAUGACUAAAGAAGAGGUCAUAGAACAAGCAGAGCAGCCACUAGUAGAAAUGGCGUCUGCUUCAAAUAUGACAGAUUCUGAGGAAGGCAAGGCUUCUGCACAACCAAUUACUAUGCCUCUGGUAAAGCCACUGCAACUGAAACGGCCACUGACUUUAAGUGGGUAUUUAGCCCAGAGAAAAUCACAGGAAGGAAGUUCUAAAUGGCCAGAACAGCCAUCUGAUUCUGUAGUAAAAUCUGACCCCAAGCCAGCUUUACUGAAAGCUAAGCCUCUCAGUUUUCAACCAACUUCUGGUGCAGCAUCUGUCAGAUCAACACCAGCUUGGACCACCUCUGCAAGAAAAUGGAGUGAAAAGAGUGCCAUCCAGCCAGUGGUAUUCCAAAAAAGAUCACCCGACCAAGCUUUUCAGAUUGAUGUCCUGAAAGGUAUUCUUGGAUUAGGACUGAAAGUAGAAGUCAACCCAGACGGUAAAGCUGUGGUUACUGAAAUUCAGAAAACAGGACCUAUUGGAAAAAAUGGACAGAUAAGAACUGGGGACAUUUUACUGUCAGUGAAUGGUCAAAGCACUGCUGGACAGUCGACUACAAAGCUAGAGCAGUUGUUAAAGUUCUUGCCCAGAGGGAUCAUUCGUCUUGUAUUCUUAGCUGCCAAAGCAGAAGAAGGGUCUAUAAACACUACAUCUGAAGUUGAACUAAAAGUGCCAGUUGGCCAUCAAGAUAAAGAGCAGUUGUCUACAAGGACAGAAUCCACUUCCCCUCUAGGAGUUAAAACAGACAUAACACAGCAAGCAGGGAGCACAGUUCCAUCUCACAAACCCAUAGUGCUGCAGAAAAAGGAAAAAUUCUCAGAGAACAAGGAGCACGUGAGGAACAUAUCGCCAACAAAAGAAAAUUCCUCAACAACUUUGCAAAAGUUACUGGAAAGGCAGUCCCCAUUAGGGAAACAGUAUGUUCACAAGUCAUUAUCAGAUUCUAGUAGCGUGAGUAGUUCUGAUACUUCAGAAAGCCCUGUUCCAGAAUAUCCAAGAUUGCCACCAGAGGGCGAAGAAGGGCCUACUUUCUACAAGACAAGUCCAAGGCAGGAGGUAUCACCAAAACAAGAGCACAAACCAUUUACCCAGAUACUGUACAGUCCAGUGAAAUCACCCAGCAAAAGUCCAGAAAAAAGCCCAAACCAUAUAAAAAGUUUGUCACCAAGUUUUGACAGGUUGCAAGCUUUUGUGGAUAAACAGCUGAAAACUGAAAACAUAACCAAUUCAGAGGAUUCCAUUACUUGCAACAAUACUGAGUCAGGUGAAGCCAAAAAGAAAACUGGACCAUUUACAACACUUUAUGAAGAUACCCCUGAAUUGCCCAGAAAAAUAGUGCAACAUUCUUCUGAAAAUCUGAAAUCCCAAAGUCAACCAUCAGAUAAAUCAGGCAGUACAUCCCAGCAGAAGGGGGCAGUUGCGGACAUACCUGCAGCUAAAAGAAAAGAAGAACCAACUGUUAUUCCAGAAAAAACAGGAACUAAAGAAUCCCAUAAUACUUCAACCAUGCCCAUUUUAAAGCCACUGAAAAAGUUUACUCCAUUUCCAUCACAUAAAGAAGGCAAGCAGACAGCUGAUAAAAAUGGACAUGGACAUAAUUCCCAUGUUGACAAGCCAAGCCAACAGACUUCUGCUGGAAAUAAUGAAUUUAAGACUGAGCGCACUCCUGUCCUUUUGAGUUAUCAAAAAUCUCCACCAACAUCCAGAGAGAGUUCAGAUUCACCUCCUCCUCUGCCUAUGUCCUCACCGCCCCUUCCAUCUUGUCCACCCCCUGCAUUGGAAACUACUGACUAUCCCACACAAAUGGAGUCUUCAGAUGAAUCGGAAGACGAAUCAAAAAUUUUCUUCAUUGGAAGUAGACCCAACAGUAUUAUCGAAACAGACAGUUUCGCAAGUUCUAAGGUUUUACCUGGAGUUCCUCUGGUGGAUGUAGAAACAAAUCUUGAUGAUCAGUUUCCAACCAUGGUAAAAUCUGAUGUGGAUCUGAGCAGAAAAGGGAGCACAAUAUCGAGACUGGCUCUGCUGUCACCAAGCAGUAGCUACAGUGACAGUCUUAGCAUGAAUACAGCUAGGAGUAAAAGAAGCUGGUCUAUUGCAUCAAACUUGAGUGAGUAUGAUCUGGCCUCUGUGUCCCAGCAAGGCGAUCCCAUGAGAAGAUCUCCAUCUAAUUUAUCUGAUGUGUCCAUCUGUAGUCAGAUUCCAGCAGAAGAACUGCAGUCGCUACUGGAAGAUGCCAACCAGUCCUUGGAUGAGGCAGGAGCCCCUGAUGACAACCACAUCAUUGUGUGUGUGUUACACAGGGAGAUAGGGCAGCUGCUGGGUGUCCAGUUAACUGCUGUAGAUGGAGCUGGAGGACUGUUGGUGGAUCAUGUAACUCCACACAGUCUUGCUGAUGAAGAUGGCCGCAUUCAGAAAGGUGAUCAUUUACUGUCCAUAAGUGGCAAACGCUUAAUCAAUGUUGGUGUCACAGAAGCACAGCGCCUAUUACGCACCCACAAGCAGCCAUUGGUAUUGGUCCUUUCCAGAACAGGAGAAGAUUUUAAAGGGGAGUUGGAUAAUACGAUGGAAGUUAAAAAAGAGGAGCCUGGGUUGUCAGAUAGCUUGAUUGAAGUUGAAAUGACCAAAGGUGUUACUGGCUUGGGCUUCUGUUUAGAGGGUGGCAAAGAUUCCCCAUUGGGGGAUAGGCCAAUCACUGUAAAAAGGAUUUUCAAAGGUGGAUCAGCUGAGAGAAGUGGAGUUCUUAGGACAGGUGAUGAAUUGAGGACAAUCAAUGGCAAAAACUUGACUAAAAUGACACAUUAUCAAGCGUGGAAUAUGCUCAAGUCCUUACCAGAAGGAAAGGUCACCUUACAAAUCAAAAGAAAAUGAAUACAAAGUUAAUGAGAAGGCACAUUCUCAACAUCCCACAUGGUUCACAGAGUUGUGGUGUAUUUAGAACACAUGCAUGAUGCUUCUUUACAAUAGUGGACCUAUUUAUGUAUGUAUGCACAUCAGUGAGAGUAUAGUAGUUGUUAAAAAACGUCUAUCUGCACAAGCUGUACACAGUGCAAAAGUCCUUAUGACACAAUGAGCCAAUGAAUGUAAUGUUAAUUUUUUUCUACUGCUACACUAUUUGUGACACUUUUGGAAUGUUUUAUAACCAUAAUAACAUGAUAAACAAAUAACUUGGAUGUUCUUAGAUGUUUGGAAAGCCCUUUUUUCAUAUUGUGUUGAACUGCACUGAACUGGGCUGAUUUUAUAUCAACUAAUAUUAAAUGUGGAACACAUGUAAUAGAAGUUAGCUCUUCAAAAUGAUAUAUUUAGAUUUUAUCAUUCCAAAAGUCUUAAGUUACAUUGUAGAAUAUUGACUUCAUAACACAUUCAAUAUGUUGACAUGUUGAAGAAAAAAGAAAACUAAAAGCACCUCUAUUCUUUUACUGUAUCAAAUACCCAUUUGUUACAGUUAAUCUUUUUUUGUACUAUUUAUUUUUUAUUGGCUCAAUUAAGUGUAGGCUGACCUGUUGUGAGCAAAUGAUGGUGUAUAAAACCAUCCAUUCUGGCUUCAGUUUGUAAUUGUAAUAAGAUUUAAGACAACCUUUUGCCUUUACUUUGUGGAAGCCAUAAGAUGACUGCAAAGGAGUAUUCAGUGAUAUUGCUAAGAUUGUGGUUGUGGAUAUAAUGUUAUUGGAAUGCUAGCAGAAAAAUUGUUCCUACAAGUCUUGUAAAGCUGAACAACAGCAGCAACAUUGAAAUAUAUUGUGCAUAUUAAGUUUAUCUCCUUCAUGUACAUGAUUAUAAAGACUAAAGUUUUAACAUUUUUGGGGCCUUUAUGAGCACCUGCUGUAUGUAUGCAGUAGCAGAGAAACAUGCUACAACAGUCACUGUGGUAAUUUUUAGCUGUCUGAAGAUUUCUCAUAUAUUAUUCUUUUAUUCUGUUGAGUGAUAUGUUGGAGUAAUGAAAGUGGUAUAUAAAGGUUUUACAAUAUAUCAGUCAGUUCUUGUUAUCGUUUACAAAAUUUCAUUGUGUAAGAAAAGUAACUGCUUUCACAUGUGCACAUUUCAUUAAAUAUAUUUAUCCAAGCCAACUGACAAUAUGUUUGGAGGCAAAAAGCUAACAUUUACGUAUAUCCAUGUUAAUGAUUAAAAUUCAUCGAGUUUUUCAUUUUUUGUACAGGGCUGUUGUCGUUAUAUUGUUAUCAAACUAGAUGUUACAGUUUGCAAAAUAAUAUUACCAGCCUAAUGUCAAGCCUUUUACUUAAAGCAGCAUUUAAGCUGGGCAGAAACUA